AUGCCUGCCAUUGUCAACCUACUUUUCAAUGUUGUCUCUACCAACACCACAAUCUCCUUUAACAUGGUGCUGCCCCUGGUCAGCCUUGUCUCCCUCCUGGGGGGCGUGGGGGGUCACCUUCUCAUGUGGAUGGUGAUGGUGAGGAACCCUCAGAGCCGCUCAAAACCGAGCUCCAUCUUGCUGCUGAACCUCAGCCUGGCGGACACGGGUGCCCUGCUCACCUUGCCCUGUGUGCUUCUGAGCGCUCGUUUCCAGGACUGGAGACUCGGGGACGCAACAUGCAUCCUUCUGGGGUUCUUGACGUCGGUAACAGUAGGGGUGGAAAUUUUCAGCCUGGCUGCUUUGUCCAUACUUCGCUAUCACAUCGUCGCACCACGGAUGAGACGACCUGCAAACAUGACGCAAGUGUCAUGCAUUGUUGUGGCCAUAUGGCUGGUGUCAGUAACUAUGGCUUUACCCAAGGUCACCUACAUCAACUUUAACGGUGCGUGCACGUGGUCGGUGGGCAGAGAUGAGUGGCUGUUCUUUCUGGUUCCUGCCUUCGUGGUUUAUUACGUGGGCCCUCUCCUUUGCAUCGCUAUCAACUGUGGCCUCAUCAUCUCCCACCUCCAUAGCUGCAAGGGACCCCCCAACACGAAGCAGACCGGGAACUGCCACCACAACCGCCUGGUGAGAGACAGCGAGGGCCGUGGCACGCAGCCCCACCCACCGGGGGAGCUCCCCCGGAGGAGGACGCAGAGGAAGCUGGACCCCGGCUCAGGAAGGCGCCAGCUCCCCAGCCCAGAACCCUGCUAA